AUGAUUUUACAUAAUAGAAUGUAUUCUAUUAUUGUACUGUGUAUUUUGUGCAGUUUUUGUGAGUUAACACAUACUAAACUUGCACCCGAUUUUAUUCGCCCGUGCAAUGAAACUAGCAGAGAAUGUUUGGUCAAGUCAACCCAAGACGCAAUUCCAGAAUUCGUCAAAGGCAUGCCGAAUCUUGGUGUCCCUCCGCUAGACCCUUUUACUAUCGAAAAGUUGUCAAUUCCUCUUAGUGGACUGAAAGUGACAUUCUAUCAGGGAAAAGUAACCGGCUUCAGGAAGUGUAUUGUUGACAAUGUUAUAUCGGAGCUUGAGAAACGUCACUUUGUGUUAGAGUUUCACUGUAACUUGACCAUCAAAGGAGCUUACGACGCCGUCGGAAAAAUCUUACUCUUCCCUAUUAAUGGCGAGGGUGAUGCAAAGAUAAAAUUGACAAAUCUGAGAAUGAAGGUUGAUAUUAAUACAAAAUACAUAAAAGACAAUAAAGGAGUGAACUACUUUGGUUUAAGGAACUAUAAAUAUUCAUUCGACUACGGAGAUAGAGUUACGUUUGACUUACAAAAUCUUUUCAAAGAAAGUAAACAAUUAAGUGACACAGUAUUGGCGUUCCUUAAUGAAAACUGGAGAACAGUCUCUGAAGAAUUUGGAAAACCAAUAGUAGACUAUGCUGUUGAACUGGCCAUUAGAACAAUCGAAAAAUUCUUUCUUGCCGUUCCUUAUGAAGAACUAAUUAAUGUACCUAUACCAUCAUGA